CUAACUUCUGCCAAAAAUAAAAUAUAGAAAUACAAAAUAAACUUCAAAAUAACAUAAUCAAACAAUACAGUAAAUCAAAAUAAGCUGCAUUAAACGAGCCACAAAUUUAAUAGAAAAAGAUUCCAUUUUGGAAGUUGAGGAAAGGUUAACAUUACAAAAAUCUCACAACGGAAAAAAUAGAGGCGUAUUUAGCAAUAUGUGUCCUAUUCUGUUCAACUGAGGCUAAAAUAACAACAUCGGCAUUUAUAGUGAUGGAAAUUCUUAUAUCGACAGAUUGUAGGAAGAUAUGAUUUCUUUAGUAGUUUAGAGAGCCUUGUUUUGUGUUCCACGCAAAUUAAUACCAGAGGAAGUGUACUGUUUUUCCAAUUUUUCCUCAGUUAAAAGCUCCUUUAUUAUUUGACGUACAUUUUUAGUGGAAUGUACAACAACAAAAAGUACUGCACAAAAACUACUAAAGAAUUAAAUUCCACCUCAAAACCCAGGAAAACUAAAGGAACAAAAGAUUUAAGCAAAAAAAUUAGAUAAGAAUGUCUCAAAAGCAUCAACAAUUGUUACCUUGCCAAAAAUUAAAGUUUCAAUAUAAGAGGAGUAUUUCUUUGCCCGUAAAAUCUAACUUACUGCGGAUGCUACAAGCAUGAGUAGUUCAUUCCCUACAAACCAAACUAAAUACCGGAUAAGAGUUACAUAAAUUUUUUCUUCUGCUAAUAUCAAGAAAAAUCAGUACAAGAAACGUUUUACCAUGCCAAUUUUGAUUAAAGAAAACCUAAAUCUAUGAAGAGAUCUUGAGGGGAUAGGAUAGAGACCUCGAGAUGAACUAUAAUUUACUGGACUAUAAUUUUAUGCUGGCUACUAAUCAUGAAAGUUACGUAUUAGCUCAAUGUGAAAUGAUUGAAAUGUCCUUACUUCAAUUUUAAAGACAAAAAACAAAGAUGUCGAUCUCAAAGCCUAACUACUCUUCUAUAUAAGUAGAAUAAUUAUUUUAAUCUUGACAAAUAAAAAUUUCUAGAUGAGAAGAAAAGCUGAGAUGAAGCUUAUUACAGAUAAACGUGCUUGAAAAGCUAUAGUUUUCAAUAGGUAAAAUCACUAUGCAAGAAAGUUAUGAAGCUUUCUACCCUUUAUGGAAUCGAGCUUGCGGGCAUAAUCUUUUUAAUUGGAAAUCGAUCAGUUUUAUUUGAUAAUCCAAUCGGUUGUCAACAAAUUUCUAAAAGAAACAAAAUGAACAAAUAUUAACUAAUAACACUUUUGUACAUCACAACUUUUAAAUUCAUGUAAGGGGGCAUGAAAAAGUAACGGGUGUUGUGAUUGUCAUUGUUGUUGUUAUUAUUAUUAUUAUAACGUUCUACUGGCACGAAAAGUGCACGUGUAAUCAUCCCAAUAAAUUUUUAUUAUCCAUAAUCUAUUUUCAUGCACAGGAAGUGAACGUGUGAUCAUUCUAAUAAUCUUUUAUCGUCAAGAUUUUUCUGCUCAACUAUUGCCAUUUUGUGUUUCAUGUAUUUUUUAGGAAAUGGACAAAUACGAUCGCAUUUAUGAGAUUGGGUCUUUAAAUAGAAAUUAUUGUAAUAAUAGCAAUAAAAAAUUACAGAUAAGAAGGAAUGUUGAGAUGAAGCUCAUUAAAGACAAACGUACUCGGAAGGUUCUAAUAGGUGAAAAUCACUCAAAGAAAGUAAUGGAGCUUUCUAUGGUCUUCCUAUAGAAUUGAGAUUGUGGUCAUAAUCUUUUUCAAUUAUGGAACGGCCAGUUCUCAAAGAUCGGCCAUUCUAUCGGAUGAUCACAAUGUUGACUCGAUCCACGAAAGAUUUUUGAAGGUAGAACGACCAAAAAACAUAUGUCAAAUUGCAACAUGUCAUGUUAAGGGGCUAGUAGUCUGAAAAUAAAAGGAAAAAUGCAUAAAAAGAGAAAAGAGUUAGAAGAAUAUGAUGAAAAAGAAAAUUCUAUUGAAUGUAGUUCCAAAUACUUGACACAAACAAAUUUAAAGGCGGCCCAUUUAGAAAGGCUUGAGCAAUUAUAUUCAAAGAUAGAGAAACUUGAAAAGAUUCUGUUAAGAAAAUUAUUUCGCUAUUAUAUGUGAUUAAUUAUCGUAAGAUAUAUGUCCCAUGUGAUUAAGUUGGGUUUAAUAAAUAAAAGGGCUAAUUAAAGAAUAUUGAUUAAUAUUUAUGGAUUAAUUUUUAAGACAAUUAAGUAACUCCCCCUUUUGAUGGAAAGUGGAGAAUUAAGUGGCUAUUUUAUGAUCGGGGAUGUCCAUGUACGAUAAAGUGGAUGAAAAACAUAACAUGUGUCAGCAUGACUAGUCAGCGUGACACGUAUCACGUUUCAUGACAUGCACCACGCAUGGUGGACACUUGUCACACAUGCACGGCAUGAACAUUGCAUGGCCGACAUGUGACGCACAUGCAUGAUGUUAGUUUGGAUGGCCGACACAUCUGGCACAUGCAUAAAGGUGAUAAAACUGCAUGCCCUAAAUGUGUCACACAUGCAUGAGGUUGUUGGCAUAUGUGACACGUGUCACCCCUGCAUCGUGCCUGCAUUACGCUUGCACAAUCGUCCUCCGUCUAUAAAUAGUUCAUUAAGGCUUCAUUGUUACGUAUCAAGAAACGAGUAUUUUAGCUAUCUAUAUCUACUCUAUCAGUAAUUGGAGUAAAAUAAAGUAGUCUUAAGAGUCAACUGCAAUUCACGGUUAUUCCCAUUAAAUAAUGUGAUAAAGACGCAGGGCAAAAGAGAGAAAUCAAUUUCUCUGAAAGUUUAAUCACUUCCAAGAACGUAACACGUGUCAGUACGCAUGACACAUGUAAGCAUAUGUGGUAAGUCAACAUGACACAUGUUAGCACACAUGACACGUGUUACGACUUAUGGUGCAUGUUGGACAUGUGGUGCACAUGUAUGAAUGAAGUUUGCAUGGACACCACAUGUCGCACAUGCAUGAAGAGACUUUACAUGGACGACACUUGUCACACAUGCAUGAAUAAGGCUUGCAUGUGUGACACGUGUCACGAUUAUGUUGUGCUUGUGCAAUCAUUCUCCAUCUAUAAAUAGCUCAUUAAGAUUUUAUUGUUGCACAUCCAGAAAAGAGUAUUUUAGUUAAAUAUAUCUACUCUAUGUGUAACUGGAGUAUAAAGUAGCCUUAAGAAACUGGUCCUCUCUCAAUUGCAAUUCACGAUCACUCCCAUCAAAUAGUAUGACAAAGGCGCAGUGCAAAGGAGAGAAAUCAGUUUCUCUGAAAGUUUAAUCACUUCCGCGAAAGAUAAUUCAUGAAAUUAAAACGUUAUAGAUUCGGGCAUGUUUUCUUGAUUAAGUAAUGUUAUAUAUAUCUUGCGAAAAUCAUUAUGUUCCAAGAUCCUAAUGUCAUGUCGGGUUUACAAUUAGAUUGUUUAUGUUUCACAAUCUAUAACCAUGAAAAUCCUAACAAUUAUGAUAAGCGAAACAUUAUUCUUGAAAUGAAUGUAACUGGUUCUUCAACCAUACUAUUUAGCUGGUUAAGUCUUUAAAUAAUAUCUCAAUGAUAGAGAUAAAAUAAAAUUUAUUUAGUAGAAUUUUCUUGAAUGAUGAAUGCAUGACUAUCAUCUCAACACCCCCAAUACACAUAAAUAUACAUAGCAACAAGGACAAAUAACAUUUUUGCACAUCAGAAUCUUUAAAUGCAUGUAGGAAUGAAAAUAAAAAGUAAUGCAAUAGCCAUUAUAAUUUUAGUAUUCAAUAAGCACGAGAAGCGCACGAAUGUGUGAUCAUUCUAAUAGUGCUUAAUUCAUCACGACUUUUUUAUAGUCAGCUAGUAUUCCAUAUUAUAUUUUAAUAUAUUUUUUAAAAGUGCACAAAAAUUAUAAUAUCUAUUUGAUUGAAUCUAUAAAUAAAAACUACUCCGUAUUAUAAUCAUGAAAAAAAAGUUUCAUUUUAAAAAAUAAGUUGAGAUGAAGUUCAUUACUGCUUAUAUAAAAGCCGCUAGGAGAGCAGCUUGGGGUCAUCCAGUGAAUUGACAGAAAAGCCCUUUGAGUUUCAACACUUAUUAUUUUGCUUUACUGUCAUUAUACUUAUGGGUCUCAUUAACCUUUCACAUUUGAGAUCUCUCUGGUUCUCUGUGCAUUCCAUUUGCUACACGGUAUUCUCUUACAAACUAUUAAAACGUGGGUCCAUUCAACUUUCAUUGUACUCGUAAUUCUUAUCUGGGAACUUCCUCUGUGUGCAUUUUUAAUUUAAUUUAUCUUUGUACAAAAAAAAAUUGCCUAUUUCAUAUUUUCACGUAAUAUAAAACUUCAACUGAAUUUACGACUUUCCCAAGUCAAGUAUUUGAUAGCUAAUUUAUUUUCACGUUUAAAUGCACCGUAGGCAUAAAAAUAAGUGUUGAGAUUGAAGAGGAAAUUCGAAUAGAGUUUUAUUAAGAUAUAUAAUUACGAACAAAUAAAUGACUAAAGUUCUAAACUGUUGGUCCCAUUACUGCUUUUGAAAUACAAAUGUUACAAUCAGUAAAGUUUCAGUCUUCAUUGAUUGAUUGUUUUUCAAUUAAAAGAUUAAAGAACAUUUAAAUUUUUGAUAAUUGAGCAAUCACACGUCGACGGAGUAAAAAGCACUGCUCCCUUCAUGUUACUAUUAUUUGUAAAAAGAUAUUUUAAAAGUUAAAAUUCUGAACUUUAAUAUGACACGAACCUUAAAAUUUGUAUUUAUACCGUUUUAAUAUUAAAUUAUAUGAUAAACUCUUAAUCUUAAACUAUAAGUAAAAGAAACAAGCAUUCCAUUUUUAAAUAUAAGUUCCUAACUGUAAAAUGCAUGAAGUUAGAUAAAUGAAAGAAAAUUAAACACAUUAGCGCAAAUAUCACAUUAAACAAUUAAAUCAUCCACGGUGAUAGUGCAUGUAACUUGCAUGUGUGCAUGCAUACAUCAAAUUACAUAUAAUAAAAUUUGGAAAAAAGAAUUAGAAAUAGUAGUAAUUUAAAAAUUAGAUUAUUUUGGUGCAAGCUUUCAUUCGUCUAAAAUUACAUAUAGAGUAAUCAAAAUGAUCACUUAAUGAAAAGAAGGAAAAACAAUUUGAGCUUUCUUUAACGAAAAUCCUGUUCUGUUAGGAGAAGGUUGACAAAGGAGUAUUACAAUUAGGCGUGACCAAGAAAAUUUUAGAAUAUUAAAACAAAAUAAUUUAAAAUUCAACUUCAAAUAAGAAAAAUUCAUACGCUUUUAAGUACCAUUAGAAAACUAACCCGCACUAUGUUGGGCACCUGCACAGCACGGGUUCACCUUACCUAGUUAAAGAUAGAAAGGGAACUUACAUGGAAGGUAGUUUUAAGAUAUUCCCCAUCCAAAAACUUCAAGGAGGAUGAUUAGGAAGGCUUGAACAAUUGUAUAAAAAACUUUGAGAUACUUGAAAAAGGUUUACUUAAAAAUUUUGUUCUGUUAUAAUUUGUGAUCAAUUCAGAGGAUCCAAAAAAUUUUCUUGAAACGGAUGUACAAGGUGCUUCGCUCAUACUAUUUAUUGAUUGAGUCAUUAAAUUAAUAUUACAAUGACCAAGAUAAAAUAAAAUUUAUUUGUACGAUUUUCUUGAAUGAUUAUCGUCUCAACACCUCCUACACGCAUAAAUACACGUAACAAUAAGAAUAAAUAAGGGAUAAGGCAUAUAUAUAAACACAUCUGAACUCGUUUUGAGCAGACUACAAAAUUGUGAUGUGCAAAAUUUCUUUUUAACGAAUAAGUAACCACGUCUAUAAACUCGUUUGAGCAUCAAUAUGAAAGAUUUAUUUUUAACUAACGGGUAAUCACAUCUAUGAAACUGAUACAAGGCCGUCUUAAUAAAAAAGAAUCAACUUAUAGUCCAUGGAAAACAAUAAAAUGUGCUUCGGACAGAAAAAGGCCUUUAUAUAAAACCUAGAAACCCCAAAUGAUGUUGGAAUUUAAACAAGUAAAAUUUACUUGGUGUAACUACCCCUAAGACUUAUUUAUGGAUAAUAUCUAAUCUUUUUAAUAUUUAUGAUCCAUAAAUAUAUUUUUCAAAUUUUACACUUCAUAGCUACCCCGCUUUGUUACUAAAUAACCGUGCAGCACCAUAUCCCUGUUUAGACGCAUAGUUCUCAAAUAUACUCUAUCUCUCUCCCUAAAUACACGCAAUUAACUCCCAAUUCCCCCCAUUUCUUUCAUAAUUCAAAUCAGUCUCUUUCACUUCUUCAAUUAUCAAUUCCGUUUUUCACUCUCACAUAGCUCCACAUUAUUUUUACAGUUUCUAAGUAAAACAUUUACCAAAAAUAGGUAAGUUUUUUUUUUCGGUUUUGAUUGCGUAUACUGUAUUUCAGUAUAUUUUUUGGCAAGAUGCAUGUUGUUUGCUGUUUUUUUUUUUUUUUUUUUUUGUAAAAUUCUCUGUUGCUUUAAUUUCAUCAUUCUCAGAUAUACAAAUCAUCCAUUCUUAGUGUUGUUUUUCCUCAAGAUCCACAGAUUCGAUUUCAAUGGCUGAAAUUGGCUCUCCGGGCACGAGAACUCGAGGUAAAGAAAAUAUAAUAGAUGGUCCUAGUUUCUCUUUGGGAUUUACUCAACAAGAAAACCCCAUUGCAGGAGGGUCAUCUUAUGCUGAGACGCGUAGCAAAAAAAUCAAUGAUCCAAGAAGGACGAAACAACAUCAUGAUUCUCAUGAUGAUAAAGAAACAAAGAGGAAACAGUCAGCACCAAAUAAAAAAGUUUCUCAAGUGACGCUACAGAAGAAGAGAAAGGUUACCAAGACUGUUCCUGGAGGCAAGGGCAAAAAAGUAGUUCGGAAAAAACCUUCAAUUGAUGUAGAAGACCAUGGAGAGGAUUCUAGAUUUUUGGUCACGAAGCAGCCUGCUGUGGCCCCAUCUAUGCAAAGAUACACGAACGUCAAUGUAAUCAGUGACAUUAAGGGUAAACUAAAGGGGGCUGGUCAGAUGGACAAGUUUGCAGACUCUAUUUUUGGGAAAUAUCUUAAAAUGCAGCAUAUGGAUGUACAAGCACAGUUGUUCAGGUGCUUCAUGGUUAAAGAGCUUAAGGGAAGUACAUACGAGUGCUUUACAUUUGAAAUAAAUGGAAAACUAUUGUGUUUUAGCAUUAGAGAAUUUGCACUAAUCAUUGGAUUGAAUUGUGCCUCCGACGCAAAUGAGUUUGUAUACGAAAAGAUGGAAAAAAAAUAGGCUUAUGGAUGAUUAUUUGGGUGGAACAUCUGAUCACAUCAAAAGAGGGCAGCUGAUUGAGUGUUUCAACAAUACAGAUUGGGAGGACAAAGGCGAGGACGCAGUCAAGAUGGCCAUAUUGUAUUUUAUAAAUACAUCCGUAUUCUACGGUGAGCCUGUUCGAUCAAACAUACCUAGGAUACAUUUUGACGUUGUAGAGGAUGGGAGAUAUGUUGAUUAUCCUUGGGGCAAAGAGUCCUUCAAAGAGUUGGUUACAAGCAUUAGUCAGAAAUAUGCCGACUUCAAGCAAUAUUAUAGGAUUCACGGAAUGCCAAUUGCCAUACAAGUUUGGCUGUAUGAAUCUUUUUCAAAAGUCCCAUCCAAUAUUGCAAUUAAGUCGGGAAAUUUAAUUCCAAGAAUCUUGAAUUGGCGGGCUGUUGAAGAAAGACCGAAAUUUGAUGCUUUGAUGGAAGGCAUGUUUAGAGAUGACAUACACC